GGUCUGACGUGGAGGGGCGGGACUUCCGGGAGGAAGUCUAGUGGAGCGGGAGGCGCGGGCGCAGGUGCUGUUGACAGGACGGUGGUCGCUGGGGUGCGGGCCGCGAGCCGGAGAGGCACGGCAGGGCCUGUGCUCCACUGCCUCCUUUCGGCAGUGCCGAUCUCCGUGCCGGGAUGGCCCGGGGCGAGCGGCGCCGCCGCGCUGCGCCGCCGGCUGAAGGAGCUCGGACAGUUGAGAGGGCGGCUCGGGGCGGUCCUGGGCGUCGGGACGGCCGGGGUGGCGGGACCCGUGGCGCGGUGCGGGGUGCGACGAUGGCCGCCGUGGUCCUUGUUCUGGCCGUGGCUCUAGCUCUGUCGGGACGUUGGAUGGUAGCGUGGCACCGUGCGCAGCGGGCGGUCACUCUGCACUCGGCACCCCCAGCACUGUCCCCCGACUCAUCCAGCCCCGCCGUGGCCCCGGACCUCUUCUGGGGCACCUACCGCCCUCACGUCUACUUCGGCAUGAAGACUCGCAGCCCGAAGCCUCUACUCACCGGACUGAUGUGGGCGCAACAGGGCGCAACCUCAGGGACCCCUAAGCUCAGGCACACGUGUGAGCAGGGGGACGGCGUGGGUCCCUAUGGCUGGGAGUUCCACGACGGCCUCUCCUUCGGGCGACAACACAUCCAGGAUGGGGCCUUAAGGCUCACCACUGAGUUCGUCAAGAGGCCUGGGGGUCAGCACGGAGGGGACUGGAGCUGGAGAGUGACUAUAGAGCCUCAGGCUUCAGGUACCCCUGCCUUCCCCUUGGUCUCCCUAUUCUUCUAUGUGGUGACAGAUGGCCAGGAAGUCCUACUACCAGAGGCUGGACCCAAGGGGCAAUUGAAGUUCAUCAGUGGGCAUUCCAAUGACCUUGGUGACUUCCGAUUUUCUCUUCUACCACCAACCAGUCCAGGGGACACUGCACCCAAGUAUGGCAGCUACAAUGUCUUCUGGUCCUCCAACCCAGGACUGCCCCUUCUGACAGACAUGGUGAAGAGUCGCCUAAAUAGCUGGUUUCAGCAUCGGCCCCCAGGGGCUUCUCCUGAACGUUACCUUGGCUUGCCUGGAUCUCUGAAGUGGGAGGACAGAGGCCCAAGCGGACAAGGGCAGGGACAAGGGCAAUUCUUGAUACAGCAGGUUACACUGAAAGUCCCAUUUUCUGUGGAAUUUGUGUUUGAAUCGGGCAGUGCCCGGACAGGAAGAAACCAAGCCCUGGGGCAGCUGGCAGGCAGCCUACUGACCCAGGCCCUAGAGAAUCAUGCUAAAGCCUUCCAGGAGCACUUUGAGAAGAUCUUCCAGCUAAAGGAGAAAGGCCUGACCCCUGAGGAGCUGACCUUGGGUCAGGUUGCCCUCAGUGGCCUCCUUGGUGGGAUUGGUUACUUCUAUGGGCAGAGUCUGGUAUUGCCAGACAUGGGGGUGGAAGGAUCAGAGCAGAAGGUGGACCCAGCCCUUUUUCCACCUGUCCCUCUUUUCUCAGGGGUACCCUCCAGGUCAUUCUUCCCACGAGGCUUCCUUUGGGAUGAGGGCUUUCACCAGCUAGUGGUCCAGCGGUGGGAUCCACGCCUCACUCGGGAGGCCGUAGGCCACUGGCUAGGACUGCUCAAUGCUGAUGGCUGGAUUGGGCGAGAGCAGAUACUGGGCGAUGAGGCCCGAGCCCGGGUGCCCCCAGAGUUCCUAGUGCAGCGGGCAGCCCAUGCCAACCCUCCAACCCUGCUCUUGCCGGUAGAACACAUGCUAGAAGGUGGUGACCCUGUUGACUUGGCCUUCCUCCGCAGGGCUUUCCCUCGCCUACAUGCCUGGUUCUCCUGGCUCCAUCAGAGCCAGGCAGGGCCAGUACCACUAUCUUACCGCUGGCGGGGCCGGGACCCAGCCUUGCCUACCUUACUAAACCCCAAGACACUGCCCUCUGGGUUGGAUGACUACCCCCGGGCUUCACAUCCUUCAACAACUGAGCGCCACCUGGACCUAAGAUGCUGGAUAGCACUGGGUGCCCGUGUACUGUCACAGCUUGCAGAAAGGCUGGGGGAGGCUGAGGCCGCUGCUGAGCUGAGUCCCCUGGCCGCCUCACUGGAGGCACAGGAUACACUGGAUGAACUGCACUGGGCUCCAGAGCUAGGAGUCUUUGCAGACUUUGGAAACCACACAAAAGCAGUACAGCUGAAACCGAGGCCUCCUCAUGGGCUGGUUCGGGUGGUGGGCCGGCCCCCACCUCGCUUGCAAUAUGUGGAUGUCCUGGGCUAUGUAACUCUUUUUCCCUUUCUGUUGCGGCUUCUAGACCCCAACUCACCCCGUCUUGGGCCCUUACUUGAUGUUCUAGGUGACAGCCGCCAUCUCUGGAGCCCCUUUGGACUGCGCUCCCUUGCAGCUUCUAGUUCCUUUUAUGGUCAGCGCAAUUCUGAGCAUGACCCUCCUUAUUGGCGAGGUGCUGUGUGGCUCAAUGUCAACUACUUGGCCUUGGGAGCACUCCACCACUAUGGGCAUCUGGCUGGUCCCUUCCAGACGCAGGCUGCCAAGCUAUACAGUGAGCUCCGUGCCAAUGUGGUGGGCAAUGUGCGGCGGCAGUACCAGGCCACAGGAUUCCUAUGGGAACAGUACAGUGACCGGGAUGGGCGGGGCAUGGGCUGCCGCCCUUUCCAUGGCUGGACCAGCCUGGUCUUACUGAUCAUGGCUGAAGAGUACUGAAGCAGAGAUGGGAGGAGAGCCCGGCCACUCACGGCAUUUUGAAUCUGGAGACAAGAUCUGUGGCUUCUGACCCUAGUCCCUCAGAUGCCAGUAAUUCAAACCUUCCUUAGCUCAUCUCAGGUGUCUUCUACUAUCAUCCCACAUAGCCCUGGGGUGAAUGUGAAUCAAGAGUCUAUUUUUCUAAAUAAAGUGAAAAA